GCAGGCACCGUGUCUGACAACGUGGGAGCUUGUCGCAGAGUCAUUGGCAUUCCUGUAAGGAUUUAAUAGCUUGUAGACCAGGGAGGCAACACUCGAAUAUCAGCCAGUGAAGCAGCACCACUGAACAGGAUCACAGGAGUACUGUGGAAUCAAAAGACCCGAGAUGAUUAGAAAAUCAAAACUGACAGAUGGGACAGCCGCUGGCCAAGUUGGGAUCAAGAAAAAAUCUAAGGUCCCUGGAGUGAUGAUUACACAGUUUAUCGAGACGCUGCCAGAGGGAAAGAGCCAUCCAGACUUCACCCGCAAGCCAAUUGCUUUGACCAUCCAAGAGGGGAAAUUUGCUUUCUUUAAAGCUAUUGUCAUUGGAGACCCAACGCCAACUGUAACAUGGAGCAGAAAUAACGGAGAUGUGUCUGAUACUUCCCGGUACCAGAGUAAAUACGAUCCCACUUCCAAUGAGCACACAUUUGAGAUGCCAAAUGUUGCCCCAGAUCAAGCAGAUACCUACAAAUGCUUUGCCACAAAUGAAUAUGGACAAGCCAUGGUCACAGUUGUUUUAAAUGUGAUUGAAGUGGGUUAUAAAAAGAACAAAGCCCAACAGCAAGCAGCUGAUGCAAUAGCAGGGGAUUUUAAGACUGUUCUAAAAAGGAAAAGCAAGGUUCGUCCCAAAUUUGAGCAACCUGAGAAAAAAGACGGAGAAAUAGAUCCAAAAUUUUGGGAGCUUUUACUUAGUGCUGACAAGAAAGAUUAUGAGAGAAUCUGUGCAGAGUUUGGAGUAACUGACUAUCGUUGGAUGCUCAAGAAAUUAAACGAAAUGAAGAAAGAAAGGGAGGAAGAACAAGCACAGUUCGUCAAAAGCCUCUCUAAUCUGAGACCUAUUCAGGUCAAUGCAGAUGGCACUGCAUCCUUUGAGAUAGACAUGGACCUCAUUGACCAAAGCAGCUCUAUAUACCUGUACAAGGAUGGUGAAAUGAUCCCUUACACAAAAGAACUGGGUGAUAAGCUCAAGCACAGCCUUAAGCAAAUUGGAAAAAGGUACAUUUUUAGCAUGAGAGACCUAAUGCCAGAGGAUGCCGGGCUGUACCAGUUGGAUGUUGAGGAUGUCAAUAUGUUUUCCACUGAUUUUAAAAUCCCCAUGGUGGAUUUCUUGGUGAAGAUUCAGGAAGUAAAGGCAAAAGAGAGAGAAGAUGCCAUAUUUGAGUGUGUCUUGUCAAACCCCUUUUCCAAGAUUUUGUGGUUUGGCAAAAAUAUGCCACUGGAACAGGGAGAUAAAUAUGACAUUGAGGUUUCAGAAGACAAGCUCAUUCACAGGCUGGUGGUUAAAGACUGCAUGGUGGCAGAUAAAGGAAUUUAUUGUGCCUGUGCAGGGAUAAAAUCUUGCAGUGCUUGGCUUGUCAUUGAAGCUGAUAAAGAUGCACAAAAGGGUAAAAAGACAGCAAGGAAAACAACAAGGGCAGGGGGAUCUGGGCAGGAUUUACAGAAAAUUGCCAAAGAGCAACAAGCAAAACUAGAAAAGGAGAAAGAGGAAAGAAAAGAGCAAAUUAAAGCUUCUGAAGAGGCUGCACCUCCACCUGCUGCACCCACUAACACUCCAGUUGUGGCUGGAUCUACAGUUUCCAAACCAAGAGUGGUAAAUGAACCAACAAUUACAGGUUCACAUCCACCAGUUGUGGAGGCAACAACCACUGGUUCUUCAGAUGAAACAUCAAAACGAGAAGCUGCCACAGACGUCAGGAGUGGCCACUCACCUGAGGAAACCAGUGGUGGUGAAAUGCUAAAUCAACCACUUGCACAUGCAGAGCCUGGAAUUACCUCUGGACUUUCUAAUAUUUAUGCCCUUCGAGGAAAAUCAGCUGAAUUGCAAGUGAAGAUGAACAUUGACAGUGAUGCCACCUGGUUCAAAGAUGGAAAGCAGUUAAACUCAGGUGCUGGGAUCACCAUAACCAAAGAUGGAAAUUCUCAUGAGCUAAGAAUUCAAAGCUGCAGUGAUGACAGCUCUGGAGUUUAUCAGUUUACAUCAGGGGAACACAGCACACAAGGGAAGGUUACGGUUGGAGAUGUACCUGAAUUUGAUCCAGAUGACCUUCACAAGUUCUCCAAACCUGUGAUAGUAAGAGCGGGACAAAAUGCUGCUUUCAAGAUGCCCUUUCCUCCUCAGGAGUCUUUGGAGGUCAACUGGUUCAAGGAUGGCACUGAGCUCAAAGAUGGAGGAGGAGUUAACAUUGUGAGGGAGCGCAAUCACAGCCGCCUGUUGUUCAGAGACUGCCUGCGGAUAGACACAGGGGAAAUAAAGAUCCAGCUGAAAAACCCAUUUGGAGCCAUAGAGGCCACAUCUGAGCUUAUUGUGCUUGAUCGACCCGGUCCACCAGAGGGUCCAGUGAAGACGGUUGAAACUACCUCAUCAAUAAUUGAGAUUAAAUGGAACCCUCCCAAAGACGAUGGCGGAUCUGCUGUAACCAACUACAUUAUAGAACGGCAGCAGACAGGACAGAGUCUGUGGACAAAACUUGGAGACGUCUCAGCGGACAAGACCUCCUUCAGAGACAGGAAUGUGACACAUGGAAAGAAAUACAACUAUCGCAUCUGUGCAGAAAACCCUGAGGGUAUUAGUGAUGCCCUGGAGACAGCUGAAAGCAUAAUGGCUGGCAUAAUGAUACUCGCAGGUCCUCCUGGUGCUCCUAAAGUGGUAAGUGCCUCAAAAACCUGUAUCAACUUGACCUGGACCCCUCCAGAGGAUGACAAAGGAGUGCCGAUCAUUGGGUACCAAGUAGAGAAACGAAAGAAGGACACAAAUCAGUGGAUUCCCCUAAAUGCAGUUAAUGAACCUAUUGAAGACAUAAAGUACGCAGUCAAAUACAUCUCUGAGGGUUCAGAGUACGAGUUCAGGGUUACAGCAAUCAAUGAGUCAGGAUCUGGAGAUCCAAGCCCUCCAUCUGCGAUGGUGUGUGCAAAGAAUCCCAACAUGAGACCUUGUUUUAAGGAUCCAGAGGACUUCAUUGUUGUCAGAGCAGGAAAUUCUGCUCGUGUCAAAAUUUGCUUUGAGGCUGAACCUCCACCUCAGAUCACUUGGCUGAAGGAUGACGAGCAAAUAUCUGCGUGGAUUAAUAUCAUAAAUACAGAGGGAACAUCUCAACUUGUUAUUCCCAAUUCAAAGCGCUCAGAUUCAGCAAUCUACACUAUUAAAGCCAAAAACUCUGUGGGUGAGGCUUCAUUUGACAUUGACCUUAGAGUCACAGAUGAACCCAAGGCUCCAGGGCCUGUGGAACUAGAGCAAACAGUACAUGGAAAGCUAGUGAUAUCAUGGGCUCCCUCACCAGACCAGGAGCUUGAUGACCGCCUGUGCUACAUGGUUUCUCAACAUGACUCCCUCAAUAGAGUUUGGAAAACUAUAGCAGACCGUCUAUUCACUAACACAUACACAGCUAGCAACAUCCUUCCUGGGAUAGAGUACCAUUUUCGAAUCUAUGCCAAGAAUGAUAUGGGACUGUCAGAUCCAUCUCCAUCACCUACAUGGGGCAUCAACAUCAAUAAAGUUCCAGUAACUUCAAAUGGAGUUAUUUCUGCAGAGGUCUCCUUCGAGAGACCUCCAUCUAUCUUGGUCCCUUUGAAAGUCCACACACCACCUAAAGGUUACCAACUCUUUAUGACAUGUGCCGUUAGAGGAUAUCCCACCCCAACUGUAUCCUGGUACCUGAACGACAUCUGCAUCAACUCAGACAAUAACUACUACAUCACCAACUCUUUUGGUGUCUGCUCCCUGUAUAUUCUCCGUGUUCGGCCGAAGGACAGUGGGGAAUAUAAGGUAGUCGCAGUUAACUCUUUUGGCAAGGCAGAGUGUUCCGCUAAAAUUUUUGUCAGAGAUUAAUUGGCAACAAACCUUUGUGGAGCUUUUCUUCUUACUGGGGUCCUGUGGAAAAUACAGAAAUAAAAUGAAUGGAUGUUUUGGUUUGCUAUAUAACAGAAAUAAUAUACUUUCAAUACAAAGUGUGAGAAGAAAAAAAAGAGCUUUUAGUGCAAACUCAUUUGAUGUGUCUGAAGUGCAAUAUUUACAAUUGUUACCCUGUCACUGGUAAUAAUAACUAUUAAAAUGAGUGAAGUGGCAAUCUUCAGUAUAAAAACAUCUGUCAAAUUGUAACCGCAAUAAA